GAACCUGCAAUGAAAAAGAUUUUACAACAAAAAGGUAAAAAACAAUUAAUUCUCAAAGAAGGCCACAAAUUAAGAAGGGAGCAAAAUAAAGGCUCAGGAGGAGGAAUUUGAGACCUUCAACCUCAAGAUUGUGCAUAGAAAAAACAGGACUGGCUUUGAGGAGGACAAGAACUUCCAUGUUGUUCUAAAUUCUGUCAUGGCAGGGCGCUAUCAUGUUACUGAGUACCUUGGAUCUACUACAUUCAGCAAAGCCAUAUAGGCACAUGACCUACCCUACAUACGGGCAUGGAUGUUUGUGUGAAAAUCAUAAAGAACAAGAAGGAUUUUUUUUAUCAAAGUCUCGAUGAGAUAAAGCUUCUCAAGUAUGUGUACAAGCAUGAUCCUGCUGAUAAGUACCAUAUUCUCCGGCUGUAUGAUUACUUCUACUACCGGGAACAUUUGUUAAUUGUAUGUGAACUUCUCAAGGCAAACUUAUACGAGUUUCAUAAAUUUAAUAGAGAAUUAGUGAGUGAGGUUUAUUUCACAAUGCCAAGAUUACAGUCAAUUGCCAUUCAAUGUUUGGAGGCACUUCAAUUUUUGCCUGGUCUUGGUCUUAUACAUUGUGAUCUAAAGCCUGAAAAUAUAGUAGUGAAAAGCUACAGUAGAUGUGAGGUCAAGGUCAUUGAUCUUGGGAGUAGCUGUUUUGAGACAGAUCAUCUAUGUUCUUAUGUUCAAUCCAAGUCGUAUCGUGCACCAGAGGUUAUCCUGGGGCUUCCAUAUGAUAAGAAGAUAGACAUCUGGUCACUUGGCUGCAUCUUGGCAGAACUUUGGACUGGCAAUGUCCUUUUCCGAAAUGAUUCACCAGCAACAUUACUUGCAAGGGUUAUUGGAAUCAUUUGUCCCAUUGAUCAAGACAUGCUUGCCAAAGGGACGUGGUACAUACAAAUAUUUCACUAAGAAUCACAUGCUUUAUGAGCGUAAUCAGGUAACUAUCUUUUUUAUACUAUAUUUGCUUUUGUGUCCAUGAGGCAGUUGAUGUAUAGAAGUUGUAAACUUAUGAUAUGCUUGGUUAUGACUUAUGACAGUAUUUGUAUUACUAGCUGAGACAAGAAACUACAUUAUUAUUAGUAAUUAAGUAAUUGUUAUUGU